UAACGAGAUAGAGAUAGCCGGCGCUAAAAUGCUGGUUGUUUCCCUCAUUCUCCUCCCACAAAGCUUUCCAUUUUAAAAGUCAUUGGGUCUCACACAGCUUCCUUUUUUAGUCUGUCACUCUCACUCUCACUCUCACUCUCUCUCUUAUCACAUAUCAAAACAUUAUUGCUUUUGUUUAUUCCUAUUUUAUAUAUAUAUAUAUAUAUGCUGCGCGCAGGUAUAAGUUGUAGUCGUCCUGAAUCUGGAGUUUUUUUGUUUUAUGAUGGAGAAUAGUAAGACCACUGCAGGGUUUUCUUCUCCAAGAAGUGAUAAUUUCCCGGCUGGUCUACGGGUUCUUGUUGUUGAUGAUGAUCCUACCUGGUUGAAAAUUCUUGAAAAGAUGCUUAAGAAGUGCUCUUAUGAAGUGACGGUAUGUGGUCUAGCACGAGAGGCUCUGAAUCUGCUCCGAGAAAGAAAGGAUGGGUUUGACAUUGUGAUUAGUGAUGUUAACAUGCCUGACAUGGAUGGAUUUAAGCUUCUUGAGCAUGUUGGACUUGAGAUGGAUCUUCCUGUCAUAAUGAUGUCUGUCGAUGGAGAAACAAGCAGGGUGAUGAAGGGCGUUCAACACGGUGCAUGUGAUUAUCUCUUGAAGCCUAUACGGAUGAAAGAACUUAGAAACAUAUGGCAGCAUGUCCUCAGAAAAAGGAUGCACGAGGCAAGGGACAUCGGAAACCAUGAAAUGGACCAAUUUGAUGAAGUGUGGAUGCUUAAUGGAACUGAACUCCUUUCGGGCAAGAAGAGAAAAGAUUUUGACAAUGAAAAAGAAAUUUCUGAUUCAAGAUGUGUUGAUUCUUCUUCCAUGAAGAAAGCCAGAGUAGUUUGGACUGUAGAUCUUCAUCAGAAAUUUGUCAAAGCCGUAAACCAGAUUGGAUUUGACAAAGCUGGUCCCAAGAAGAUACUGGACUUGAUGGGUGUUCCAUGGUUGACUAGAGAAAAUGUUGCUAGCCACUUACAGAAGUAUCGCCUAUACUUGACUAGGUUGCAGAAAGAAAAUGAAGUCAAAGCUUCAUUUUGUGGGAUGAAGCAUCCGAAUGUUUCUUCUAAAGAAAAUUCUCCUCAGAAUCCAGUGGAUGUGUGCGCUGAUGUUAUAAAUGACAAGUGUAGUGGUGUUUCUGGAGACAAGGCUAUUGUUCAAAAUGGGAAGGCCAACAUAUAUGAGAGCAAGGUAAAGGGUGUUGUUUCAAUGCCAGUAGCAGAGCCUAGGUCUGUGGUUGGAGAUAACUUUGGUUCAAAGACAAGCCUCAGUGAUUCCUUUGCAUUGAUCAAUACCGAUGUAAAAAGUCUCAAUGUACCCACUCCAUAUUGCUUUACUGGAGAAGCUCCACAACCUCAAUACAAACAAGAUUUCAAACCACGUUUUCCGUCUUGCACACAACCAACUUGUUCUCUCAACUUUGUACCUUCUCAUGAAGUGAGGGACAGAGUUUCCAGUAAAGAAAAUAAGCCUUCUUUCUUCAAGAGCAGAAGUGGAGUAGGAAAAUUAUCUGCAUUGGAAGCCAUUCAACCUGUGAGCCAUCAAAUAAAUUUUCAUGCUCUUGAGCAAAUUCCAAGUACUACAUGGAGUAUGACGAGUCAAAAUGUAGAUCAAAAUCUAGUCAAUGGUCUGCAAUCAAGCCCAGGAAAUCUAACUUUGGGAAGUGGAUCAGUUGUUGCAUCUCUAGGUGAGGAUGCUUCUAUUCAAGGUGAAUGUUUUCCAGCUUAUUAUGGACUUCGGAACAUACAACAAUUUGACUACAGUGAUCCACAAACCAUUUCUGGAGUUCCAACAUGCUUGUAUGAUACAUUGAGGUUUGAUUAUGAGUAUCCAAAUGAUUCAUUGGAAGGUAUUGUGUUGGACCAAGGUCUGUUCAUAGUCUAACCUUUAUCCAUUUGGGAAGCUUUAGAGGGGUAGACAAUAUGCAUUGCUCAUCGACAACUGGCAUGUUUUUCUCAACUAAAGAAACCGUCCCAAGAAAAGAGGUGCUUUUUGAUUUUGGUGGAGUGGAAGAUCAUCUUCACAAAAAUGUACUUUACGAGCAUGGGCACUUCUUGAACACAAAUUACUCUUUUUAUCUGGUAUUGUAAGUAGAUUUAGAAAGGGUCAGCAACUACCACGCUGCAACGCUGAUCCCUCCAGAUGUACUCAUCUUUGGUCAUAAAAGAUAAUCGGAGAAGAGACAGAAAAGGAGCUUCUGCAAAUUGUUACUAGUAUGAAGGUUUUUCCAAGAUUUGAAAGAGAAAUUGCUGGAGUUUGGGCCCAGUCAUAAAAUCUCCAGAAAAUCAAUGUUUUUAUUCUGUAACAUAGGUGCCAUACCAUGAAGCUUGAUUUUGGUCCUGUCACAAACUCAAUCAUUAUCUUUAUUCUGUAUUA